ACAGUUUUUCCUAUUCACGGAGAAUUGGUGUAGAUUCUAUUCAUUUGUUUAUUUUAUUAAUUGAUCUCAUUAAUCUGCUUAUGGCUCUAUGGGAUACCGACUUCUCCUUUAUGUUGGGCAAAGAAGCUAAGGCUAUAUGUUAUGGGGCUUCACCCAUCGGCGUGAUGGGCCAUUCCUGCCUGGUCAUGGUGUGACUGCCACGACAAACGGCUGGCAUCUCAUUGCCAUCAUGGGCGUGGCCCACCUUGUUUUGUUGCGGCUUCCCGCGUCCCAAUGGAUGAGCAACAGGAAAAAUAGAGGCGAUUUGUCUUGGAUGGGUGGUGGUAGGAGUCUCCUCGCAUGGCCUUCCCUCGAGUCUUCGGUGUUGCUAAUCAGAAGUUUGUCCCAACUCAUUUGAUUAUAACUUUCCUUCGGUUCUUUGUCUAUAGAUUCCUUGGAAUCAAGGGGGUCGGUGGUG